UAGUUCGCGCCUGCGCCCGGAGGGCCGCGGGGGCUGGUCCCCCUCUCCUGGGAUGCGUUGAGCUGGGCUGCUCCGGACUCCCACCUUACCCUGCCCCCUACCCUGCGGCCUGCUCCCCGGGGCCCGAUUUCCUCCAGCGCAGACCUAGAUCGCUGACGGAGCGAGUGCUCCCCUCGCCGUGCCGGAAGUCGGGAGCGGAGACUGAGUCUGGGAUGGCGGGCCAGGUGUCGAUCGCCUUCCAGGACCUGGCCGUGCAGUUCUCCAAGGACGAGUGGCGGCUGCUGGGGGAGGGCCAGAGGGCGCUCUACCUGGACGUGAUGCGGGAGAACUACGACACGCUGGCCUCCCUGGGGACAGCGGAGCUGCUCCCCCUCUCGGCCUUCCUAUCUCCCUCAGAGCCUGGAGGAGCUGUGGGGGCCCGGAGCCGUGCUGGAGACAGGCAGGAGCUGCCCCAAGGAGGAGGUCCCCUGGGAGGAGCCCCCCAGCACAGCCUGCACCUCAGCGCCCUGGUGCAGCUCGUGCAGGAGAUCCCUGAGUUCCUGUUCGGGGAAGGCAGCCCCGAGAGUAGUGGGGGAGCCAGCCUGGAUGGGGUGGCUGCGAGCCCCCAGGCUGUGAUGGAGGACAUGUGCCCUCUUCGAGACCUGCUCCACUGCCUUCCAGAUACACCCAUGGGCCUGCUUGGCCUGGCCACCGCACCCAGCGGCAGCUCGUCCAGCAGCACCCCCAGAGCCGGGGGGCCAGGGAGCCCCCUCCCCAUCAAAACUGCCGACAAGCCAAGGCCUGUGGAGGAGGGGAGCCCAGGAGCCCCUGGCCAGAGGCCCAGCCCCGCCGCCACCUGCAGUCAGGGCAGUAGCAAGAGCCGCAGGAAUCCGGAGAGAGGGACCCUGGGGGCAGGAGCUGCGGGCAUCUCUCCUGGGCACAGCCCCUUGCAAGGCCUCAUCAACUGCCUGAAGGAGAUCCUCGAGCCCGGGCCCCAGGGCCCUGAGGGACCGCGGAGCUCGCCACCACCGCCCACCCCCAGCCUGGGUGCCUCCCAGCUGACCAGGGCAGAGCUGGGGCCUGGGGGCCCGCCCUGGGCUGUGAAGACAGAGGCAGCCUCGGGAGAUUGUCCCCUCCAGGGCCUGCUGAACUGUCUGAAGGAGAUCCCCGAGGCUCGGGACAGGCAUCCCAGCCCCUCAGGAGCCAGUGACCCACGGCUGCGGGAGGACCCAGGGGCCUGGAAAAGGAAUUCUGGAGGACUCCAGCCCCUCCAGACUCCUCCUCCGGGGCCGGGGCCUGGAGCUGGCAGCAUGCUCUCUGCAGUGAAGGUGGAGGACAGCUGGCCCCAGGGAUCCCCAGAGCCCACAUCCUGUCAGCUCAGCAAGCGACCCCACGUCCCCUCUGCCACCAGCAGCCCCAGGAAUGUCAGAGACACCGCCCCCGCCCAGGUCCGGGUGCCCAGCUGGGGCCCUGCAGCUCAAGCCGGCAGCGCCUCGAGCUCACCCCUGGAAGCCCUGGAGGCCUGUCUGAGGGGCAUUCCCCUGAGUGGGUCGUUACCUCCCCAGCCGCCGGCCAGCUCUUGGUCCCGGAGCCCCCAGCCAGGAGACCCCGGGUCUCAGAGGCCCAAGCUGCCACGCCUUGGACCACACAGCAAAGAGGCGGUCAUGGGGCCUCUCCCAGCUCUGGGCCUGCAGGGCUGCACGAGAGACAGCCCUGCCCUGCCCCUGGGCUCCCAAGGCACCCCCAGCAGCUUCUCGUCGUCCAGCAGCUCUGACGGGGACCUGGAUUUCCAGAGCCCUGAGUGCAGCCAGGGGCAUCGGCCUGGAAAAGGAAGCCCCGUGGGCAGCUCCCCGCUCCAGGGCCUGGAGAACUGUCUCAGAGAGAUACCUGCGCCCUGGCUGCAGCCUGCCUGGCCCUGCUCCUCGGCUGGAGAUGGAGGGCCACGGCGAGCAGAGCCCAGGAACUCGGCGGCAGGCACGGAAGGACUGAGGGGCGAGGCCUGUGAACCAGCCCACCUGGGACAGCGUGGGGGUGACGUGCCUGCCAGGAGCCUCCGAUUGGCUAGCCCACAGGCCCUUGCCUCUGGUGCCCUGCCCACCUGCUCCCCAAGAGGCCCCAGAGACCUCGGGGCAGCCAGGCCAGGACAGUGGAGAUGGCUUCGAGACGGGCCAGCCACCAAGCCUUCCCCGCUCCACUGCCUGGAGAACUCUCUGAAGGGGAUCUUGCCCGAGGGGCCGUUGCGCUUUGGCUGCCUGGCCGGCCUGGGCCCCAGCCCACGCUCCAGCUCCAGCUCGAGCAUCAGCAGCUCAGAAGGAGAAGACCCGAGGCCGGAACCUGAGCUCUGGCAGCCUCUCCUGCAGGGUGAGCUUGUUGGGGCAAGAGGGGGACUGGGAGCCCGGCCUCAGUGUGUGAACGCCACCCUGACCCCGGCUCUGUUUCUGCCAGAGAGGGACCACCCUCCCAGCGGCAAGGGCCUUGGCACCCUGUCCCCACAACGUGGUGGCCCCUGUGCUGGCUGCAGCCCUGGGGAAGGCUUGAGGAGACUCGAGCCUGGGCACCGCUGCGAUUUCAGUGCAGCAGGAAAAGCAGAAGAGAAGGUGGGAGGCAGGUCCCACUUGCCCUGGAGAGAGGUGUGCUUGGAGACCCUGGGACCGCCUGGCCCCGUAGGCAGCGCCGGAGGAGGCCGUGUCCAAGUAUCCCCCGUCAGUGUGGCCGUGGCGGAGCCAUGCGUAUCCACACCGGAAAUGCUCUGUGCUCUUCCUGCGAGGUCCACUGGGCAUCCCUGCCCUGCCGCUCAGCUGGGAAGAAGGCCGGGGCCUGGGCCUUGCCAGCCUGCUGGUUCAGCACAUGGGUGCCAAUCCGGGAAACUGACAGCUGGUGAAGAGUCCAGGGGCCUGGGGCCUGGGGACAGAAGACCAGGUGUGACAGCCGGGACCGAGGGGGGGCCCCUUCCUGGGGGUGUGCCCCAGCCAGCGCCUGCAGCUGCCAUCCCUGGGGCUUUGCCUGGUGCCUCCCCUGGUGCUUCCCCGCGGCCGCCGUGCCCCUGUGGGUCUUCCCUGCAGCAAGAGCUCCACAGCCUGGGCGCCGCCCUCUCGGAGAAGCUGGACCGGCUGGCUGGGGCCCUGGCCGGCCUGGCUCAGGAGGUGGCUACCAUGAGGACCCAGGUGGAUCGACUCAGGCGGCGCCCACGGGGCGCGGGACCCAAGGGCCUCCCCCGGGGCCCUCGCUUGGCCAGCGGCCCUGCCCACAGACACCCACCCUACUGGAGGCACAAAGGCCCCCUUAGGCCAAGACCGAAGAUCCUACGGGGGGGCCCGGCCGAAGGUUGCAGGGCCGGGGACCUGUCAUCGGGCCUGUCCAAUGGGAGGCUCCGUCGGGUGCCUCCGGACACCCCCUCAGCGGAGGCCCCUGGGCCCGGCUCCAGCCCUCCCUGGCAGCCUCACUCCUUAGCCUGCAGCGGCCCUGCUGUGCAGACUGUACUUCACCCCCUCGGGCACCCCGAGGCCCGCCAGAGCCCCCCUCCCCUUUCACUGCCGGCUGCCCCGCCCCCCCAGGUGGCUCCUCCGGUGGGCACUGCAGAGGCAGAACCGCGGGGUGUGGUGGCUGCCCCACCCAGGACCCCAAGGUGGCUCAAGGAUCCAGGUGGCGUGUUGGUGGGGCUCCAGAGAGACCUCGAGGGUGAACAGUGGGGAGGGGAGCACAGGGACCCAGCAUGGGGACCCCCAGCCUCCACCUUCAUGGACUCAGCCCCGCGGAGGGUGCCCCACCUCCAGACACUUCACCCCCCUCCAGCAGAACCUUCCCCACAUUGAGGCCGUGAAGGGGCCCCCUGACUCCAGGGUGACCAUUGCUCAGGGGGUUUGGGGGGGUUGCGUUCCCCAACCAUGCCUCUGGCUUUCUUGACUCAGGUUCAUUUAAAUGUUGCUUCCCCCUCUGGCCUUUCCCACCAGAACCGCCAAGGCAGGCAGGGGGGUGGUGUGCAACCACAUGUGUGUGUGUGCCAUGUGCCGGCACUCCACAUGUGCCCAGGGUGCCCAGAGCCGCUGCAGAGGGGCCACGAGAUAACCUCAUCUCAGCACCUGCCAUCCUGACCUCAGCGUUGGGGAGCACAGUGCCCGUCUUUCCAGUCCAUGGGAAGCUUCCCUUUGAGGCAGAUCGCCCCCGCGCCCUGGCCGAGGCUGGGUGUGCCUAUAUGUAUUCUGAGUUACUGAAGGUGGUUGCCAAGGGGAAGAAAGGCAGAGGGGCCGCAGCAGAGUGUGGCCGUGUGGUCGUCACCAGCACCGGGGACAAGCUGGCUCCUGCCUUCCCGUCUCCUCCAGAGAAUCUGGCAGCCUGCCUGAUGUUAGGGGAAGAAUCCCACCAACCCCCAGGGCACACGUGUUGGCUUCCUGGGCCCGCAGUGACAGUCCAGAGCCCAGGAGCCUCCAACAACACACUUUUACAUCCUCCCAGUUCAGAGGCCAGAGGGCCAGGACGCAGGUGUCAGCAGAGCUGGUUCCUUCCAAGUCUGCCCUAGGCCCCUCUGCGGGGCCGGUCGCUGACUGUCCUUGCAUUCCCAGUGCGCUCUCCCCUUGCUCAUGCCCCUCAGUGUCCCUUUUGUCUAAGGACACCAUCCUCAUGCCCGCCCUCUAACAUGAUCGCUUCUGUAAAGACCUCAUCUCUAACUCAGGUCUCGUUUGUGGUCAUGGGGCUGUUAGGGUUCCAGUGUGUGAAUCUGGGACGGGAGUGCACAAUCCACCCCCGACCACACAUGAGGGACUGAGCUUGUCUUGGUCCUGGUGGGAGGAGGGAGCAUCACCAGGGUCACUAAGCCUGUUUUCCUGCGGCCACCAGGCUGCCCUGGGGCCCACCCCUCACUUGGGGCAUCAGGAGUGACAUGCCUGUCAUCACUGCAGUUCCGAUCCUUUUUCCCGAUCUUUCCCCACCGAGCUCAGAUCAGUCCAUGCACUCUGGGAAGGCCCUGCCUGGCUGUGCUGUCAGGGAACCGGGCGCAGCACUGAGGCCCAAGCCGGCUUGGGACCCAGAGGGACUGUAGCUGCAGUGAGUGCUCAAGGGGGGCCCAUUGGCUGGUUUGCCCAGUGUGCCCCUACAAUCGGGUUUUGGGGGACACUCAGGGCCUGGCUGGUGCUGCUCAUGGUCCCUGUGGAAGGAGCAGACACUGAUGCCAAUGGCGGGAGAGCCAGGUGCUGGCUAAACAGACCAUCAAAAGUGGGUGUUAGAACAUUUCCAGGACUGGAGCAAGUCCCUCGAUGACCGUCUCAGAAGCUAGGUGUAUGAGUUUAUGUAAGUAGGUUGUUUAAACAUGCAGCCUUCACAGCUAGCCAUAACUUGAAGAAUAAAUAACAGAAGAGGUCUAGGCCUUCUGCCUAGAAACAUGAGUCCAGCUGUUUCCAGGCUGUGUAGGGAGUGACUCUGGGAUGUUUCAGAGCCAUUGGAAGGGUCUGAUGGAGUCAGCGCUGUGGACCAGGGGGUCAGGCUGGAAGGAGGAGGGCUUGUCCGGCCCUCUGCUCAUCCUCCGUAGCAGGAGUUGGGGGGUGGCCUGCCAUACAUGCCCGUGUGGCAUUUUAAGGCUCGGUUUUGUGGGCUUUGCAAUUACCAGCCUUUGCACCACCCUGUGCCGUAGGCGUGGAGGAGCACACGGGCUCAGAGAGGGCGAGGGGCUUGCUCAGGGAUGCACAGCCUUCCUCCGGCCAAGUUAGGACAGUGCGUGCCCUGAUGCCACCCAGGCUGGGGGGCUCCCAGUCCAGCUGGACCCUGUGGGAAGUUCAGAUCCUUGUUUAAGAAUGUGGAAAGUCAGCCAUGAAGUGAACGGUGGGAGGUUCUGUGAGCUGCAGCCGUGUUCGUCCCCCAGGUCCACUGCCACAUGGACAACACUCCUCCCAAGUCAUGAAUUGAAAAGCCUUCUAGAACCACGGAUCUGGCAGAAAAACCUGUUGGCAGUUUAGGAGUUUGGUCCUGUGUCUGUUUCCAUCUACUUGGUGAGGAAGUAUGGUCACUUUGGUAGGAGAAACCAGACUGUUGUGAACUCAGGAAUUCCUGGGGUCAGAGGUGAGGGGCAGAGAACCUUCCCUCCCUGGGCGCUCGCGCACAUGAGGGUCCCCUGUGUCCCGACCACCGCCUGUCAGCCUGAGGCCCCUGUGAGGCAGGAAAGCGGGAAGGUCCCACCUGGGUGGAUCAGGGCAGGCCCCACAGCCUCCAGAUGCCCCUCCAAGGGUCCGAUAGAAUGGGGGGCCUUAGCCCUCUGUCAGAGACACCCCACGAUGUCACCACUCUCUGGAAGGAGCUCAUCAGGCGGGCGGACCAGGCUUGCUCUCCACCCUCUUGUGUCCUUGUGUUUCAGAUGUGGCUUCUGUAAACAGCCUCCUGUUGGAUUUUGUCUUUUAAUCCAACUUGACAAAUAUUAUUCUUUAGUUGGAGCCCUUAAUCCACUUCUGUGUAAUAUUAUUGUUGAUAUAUUGAGAUUUGAAUAUACCAUCUUAUUUUUG